AUGGCUCAGGUCAAUAGUACGAUCAGCAAAACUGCCGGAGAGCUUCCACCUCACCUUCGCACUAAAGCUGGAACGGGCGCUGUCAAGCGUGUCACAAUGGCAGAGUCACCAGAUAAGCCGACUCCGACCACUGCCACCAACUCUGUCUCGACCGCUCCGGCUGAGUCAGAGGACACGGCACCAAGUGCCGCUGCUGAGCAUAAGCCCGCGUUUGCUGUAAUUACUAUCAAGCCCCAAGUCAACAGCGAAGCUAAGGUACAUGUUGCACAAGUCGUAGAGGCUCCGAUAUUCGGCUCUGCGGUUAGAAAUGCGCCGGCGGUCGCUGCCAUGACUGACCGAACGACUACUGAAGAUGCCCCAGUCACGGCAAGGUGUGGAACGCCGUCUGCGGCUACUGCGGCUACCAAGAAGACUGGUGGGAUCAUCGGUCCGUUGGACGGGAAUACCAUCCCGUCAAAAGCGACGGCAAAGCCUGCAGAAGCAGCCAUACCAGCAAACAAGCCGAUCACCUCCGCCAUGCCGAGCUCAGACUUUCCUAACGCGCAAACACCGCCAGCCACGAUCACGACUGCUUCUGUCUCCAAGCCUAAGCUCGACGCCAAGGCUUCGGAAGCCACCCAUUCCGCCUGCGUGAAGGCUGCUGCUCAGGGCACGAAGAGCGACCCGACCAUCAUCGACGGCACCGCUACGCUGGCCAAGCAUGCUGUUCGUGAGUACAGUCAACCUUCCCUUGGCUGAGCAGUCCGCUAAUUGGUGAUAGCAAAUGGUGUGGUUCAUUCAGUUGAGGUGUCGAAAGAGAUGAAGAUCGCUGCCGUCAUCCGCGCCGUGCGCAAAGCAGCCGGGAUGUCAGUGCAGCAGACCGAUAAGCCAUGCAUCACUGUCGAAGGUCGUCAGCUGGGUCACAGUAUGUUUGUGGGCGAGGUCGGUAUCACUGCGAACAGCAAGCUCGUCUUCACCUUCGAGAAUGAAGAGGAGGAAUUAUAGAGUCUGCUGAGUGGUCAGGGUGGUGCAGUGCUGAGGAGAUCAUCCUAUUCUUGAACGAAGGAUGAGCGAUCAGAGCAGUCGUUUGGCAAGCUGAGGUCGUCUGGGCGAGGACAAGCUUGCCUUACAGUAUGGGGAGGUAUGCGUUGCUUGUAGAUUCCAAGGAGGU